AUGGAAGUUAAAAUAAUUAGCAAAGAUUGCAUUAAACCCUCUUCACCAACACCCUCUCACCUAAAAGUUCAUAAACUUUCUAUGUUAGAUCAAUUUGUGCCUUGUAUUUAUGUUCCUAUGAUCCUUUACUAUUCCAACCCAACAGACAAAAUUUUUGCUUGUAAUAAUACAUUAUCACUCAAGAAAUCAUUAUCUCAAACCCUAACACAGUUUUAUCCGCUUGCAGGAAAGAUUGCAGAUGAUCUUUCCAUUGAAUGUAAUGACGAAGGGGUUCUAUAUUUAGAGGCUAGGGCAGAUAUUUCGGUGUCGGAAUUUCUCAAACACCCUGAUAUUACAUCAUUGUAUCAAUUCUUACCAAAUAAAUCUAUAUUUCAUGCACCAACUUCAGGUUCUUAUGUUACCAUGAUUCAGGAAACUGUCUUUGCAUGCGGCGGCUUCACCAUCGGAAUCAAUGUUCUACACUUGGUCAUGGACGGUUGUGCUUUAGCUUCGUUUCUAAAAGCUUGGGGAGCCAUGGCUUGUGAUGGAGAUGAUAAGAGAAUGAUGCCAAGUUUUGAUGGCCCGUCUAUCUUUCCAAAAUUUGAAGAUUUCCCCGCAGAUGCAACUUUUACAGCUAUAUUGAGAAAUUUUAUCAAAGUUGAGAAAAUGAAUGCGACAAGAUUUGUUUUUGAUGGAUCUGCCAUUUCUAAUCUUAAAGAGAAAGUAAUAGCUUCCGGCGUGAAAAAUCCUACUCGUGUUGAAGUGGUGUCUGCGCUUCUUUCCAAGAGCUUGAUGACUGCUUUCAAGUCUAAAUCUGACCGUAACAAUAAUAAUCCGUUAGCAAUCAAUCUUGCUGUUAAUCUUCGUCGAAGAAUGCUUCCGACAUUCCCCGAAUGUUCAAUCGGGAACUUCGCCUGGUUAGCGGAUACAAUAUUAUCCGGCGAAACACAGCUAAGCAGCCUAGUGUCCGAAUUGAAAGAAGCAAUAGCAAAGAUCGAUAGCAGUUACGUACAGAACAUACAAGGUGAUGACGGAUUCAUAAAUUUCUACGGCAAGAUAAAAGAGAUGAAUGAUGCAUUUACGAGCUGUAAUGGUGCCGACUAUGUUAUGUUCACGAGCUGGUGUGGUUUUGGUCUUUACGAAGUCGAUUUCGGAUGGGGAAAGCCUGUUUGGACAACGGGCGCUGGAUCUUUUGGAAAUUUUGAAGCUCCUUUCUUCAAUCUUGUAAUUCUCAUGGAUGCAGGAAUCAGAAAUAAUGGGAUAGAAGCAUGGGUCUUUUUAGAUGAACAAACCAUUACUAUGUUAGAGAGGGAUGAAGAGCUUCUUAAAUUCGCCUACCUUAAUCCAACUCCUUUAUCUGAUUAAAUUAGCAGAAUAUCAAAUAAUUGCUUGGCGAACUUCCGAAGUUCUUCAUAGAUGAAGUUGCAAUUAAUGCUUA